AUGAGGUCAUUUAUCAAAUCACACAGGAAGGCCAACUCGCUGGAUGAAAGCCCUUCAAGUGCCCAUUUGUCUCCUGGUCGAAAUGGAGACAAUAUCGCUUUCCAAAGACCGUUAGAUGAGCCCUUCACAUUUGAUCCUCCUACUCCUUCACAACUAGGGCAAAACACCAGUGGGUCUAAGUACUCUCCUGGUUUCGAAUCAUUCCACAAGCUCGCCAAUAAGAAGAUGUUUACGUCAAAAUUGUUCAAGAAAUCUUCAUCAUCGAAUACAAUAACUCAAAGUACUACGUCCCAUGUGAGUCAAAAAGAGAUAACCAGUGCACCAGGUACUCCGCAAAGUAGGAAUUCUGGGUCCGAUUUCUCUCUGUCCCACGAAGAAGUUCGCAAAUUUCCAGCUAUCAAGGGCACAAUAACUCACAAUUGGGGGGACCAAUCACGAUCGCAGCAACCUGUUAUAAAGCUUAAUAGCCAAGCGGGUUCUAACAAUGGUUCUUUACAAGACUUGGAACCAGCGGUUCGAAUAGCGAGUUUACGUAGGGACUCCGCUAUAUCAGCAUUCACUACUAGCUCGUAUGAAAACAACGUAUCUUCGACAGCUUCCACUGAUGAACACUCAUUACACCAAGUGCCACGAGAUAGACAUGUCUAUACCGAGCUUUCCAAAGUUAAGAGCAAGAACAGGCAGGCCAGAAUUCAUUCCCACGACGAUAUGAUCCAUUUUGAGAAAAUGUCUACAGUCAGCAUAGAGCUCCUUGCUUCUACUGUUUCUCCGAACAUACAGGCUGAAGAUAAUAAGGAAAACGACGAUGAAGCUCAGGGAGUAUCCGGAAUGGAUAGAUUAAACGUUGUUAAUGAACGCAUAAAAGAUGGUAUUUUGGCCUCAGGAUCCUCGACCAUUGAUCAAAAAAGCCCUUGUGUUACUUUUGAAGAUACGCCAACCCAUGAAAGACGAAAAAGUAGCGACGCUGAUUCUGAAGAUGAUGAUGUUUCAUACUUAUUAACGCCAGAUAUCGAUGAAGAUGAGGAUGACUCGUCAAGGUUCUCUUUCGAAUUAAGCGGUCUUAAUGGUAGAACUUCGUCGGUAAAAUACUACUCCAAGCCUGACCCUGCCGAGGCAGUAUAUAUUGACGACAUAUACGGUGAGGAUAACUUCGAUGACGAAAUGAAUCUCUAUGAAGACAGCUACGACGAUAUGGAGUUCCCAUCUAAUAGUUUUCAUGUCACCGAAGAUGAUUCAGAAACUGCCUCUGAUGAAACAGGGAUCAAUGGGACUAUUGGAUCCUCUCAAAAGAUACCAAAGACAAUAAAAAAAUUCAAUGACCUUUUCGAUUUGUCAGAUGAAGAUGAAGAUGAAGAUGAAGAUGAAGAUGAAGAUGAAAAUGAAGAUGGUCCAUAUUCAGAAAUACCCGCUGACACCACUCACGAGUACGCUAACCAAGGCGUUCUUGAAGGAAACUUUCAGGAUCAAGGCUGUCAAGGCCUUGAACUCACAAAUCGAAGUAAAAAUACAGAUUUCAUACCUGGUAAAGCACAACCGAAAGGAAACUCAGCCGCCAAACCCGUGAAAAGCUUUUCCGAUAUUUUUGACAUCGACGACGAUGACGAUGAUGAUGACGAUGAUGAUGAUUAUGAUGAUUAUGUUGAUGAUAAUUACGAUAACGAUUAUGAUAAUGAAAACGAUUAUAGUCGUCAUCACAGUGGAGACACUAAGAAAGAUCUUAUAAAGGAUGUCGAUUCCUAUUCAGCCGCAGGUCGGGUCAAAAAUGAUGAUGGAGGCAAAGCACUGGUAAAGAAUAAUACAAGACUUUUAUCACCAAUAAUUGCAUCCCGCGAUUCACUAAAUUACUCGAACCCAGUGCAUAUUCUUGUCACGUCGCCUACAGAUCCUUCUUCAAAGUCUGUUACAAUCGCAGAUCCUCAUUUGGAUUCAGCUGCCUGUUCUCCGUCAUUACCCCCGCCUGCGAGAUCCCAAACUCUGAAAAUCCAUGAUCUCAACAGCAACCUCGAUUCAGAGAUUCCCGGGAUGAUGAGUAACCUUUACUUCAUCAACGAAAGCGAAGAAGACGAAUAUAACGAGCGAUCUAAGAUCCAAGAUGACGAUUAUCUAGAUGAGAUCAACACGGUUCCAGAGGAUUUCGACUUUUCUGACACAGAGCAAGAACUCAACGUUCUCAAGACGCCUCUUCGACGUUCGACAAAAGGAUCAUUCAGAAGCACCCAUAGUUACUCGAGUCAACCUACAGGAACAGCUAAAGAAAACACCCCAACGCGAAACAAAUUAGAAAUAAAAAAUAAGACAGUGACGUUUUUUGACCAUCUCUGGGACCGGUCUCCUGUUGAUAGGUCAACUCAAAGAUCUCCUCAACCGCCUGGCGUAAAUCACGCGUCCCCAAAAGAUGCCACGGAUGACUACUAUAUACCUCUGACACAGGAGGACGGUGAAGUCUACAAUCCAGUUACGCCGGCCAACUCCUUCAGCAAGCCUACACCAGAAUAUCUCAAUGAUUUUUCUCUGAGUCCCAUCCAAGAAAAUACAUCGUCUGUUGAUAACUCCCCGACUUUGUCAGUCCAGUAA